AGCUAACAUAUGUUAUAUGAUUAAUGGCGAAGCUGAACGUCGAAAUCUGUCGAGGAUCCACUCCAGCUGUCCAGAGCACAAAUGGAGCUUUGCGCACACUUCUGCAUAUCGGGUAACAAACCAAGAGACUAUUAGAUGACAACACUGUCGACUGAGAUCUCUGUACUUCUUUUCUGCCCUUCUGUCCUCGCGUUAGAAACAGCUUGCGUUCGCAGGUUAAGAAGAUAAAGAGGAUUUUCCUGAUUAAACACACGAGUGCCAGAAAAUGGCCUCAUGACCCACUUCAGCUUUGUGCGGCAGGAAACGAUGUGGUCACCACGUCUUCAUUCCUUUUUUUUCUGGAAUAUUCGGACAUCAGUCCUACUUUAGACUAUGGCAGAGAGACAAAAUCGUUUUGAUGUGCAUGCAAUAACAAGCGUGAAUCCUAAAAGCGAAAGACAGAUGGUACGUUUCCUUGCGCAACACCAUUCUCUGCUUGAUAAAUUGAAACUGACGUUGCGCACAAGGGGAAAGUGAAAAAAAAAAUUACAAAAUACAAUGCUUGGGUUAUAAAUAUGCCCGUUCUCUACACAUUUUAGUGUUGUGGAAUAAGCUACAUAUACAAAAUUACAAAGCCAUAAAUUGUGCAAAACACGACAAUCUGCAUACCACAUACCGGUAUGUGUUGCAACAGUGUGGUAUAUUCAGCAGAAGAUCUGUGAAACCUAAGUAGUGCGCAAUCCUGCAUGCAUCACGUCAAAUGAUCCCCUGAAUGGCUGGCGAAUAAACUGCACCGAAUGUUCUCGAAAGGGGGACGAGAGAGAGCACAGAGGACUGGAUAUUCCCUUUGUACUUGCUGAUUGAAAUGCCACACAGUGUUUGAGAUUCUUUCUCCGACCUUAAAUGGUUAGGUUGGGUGCAGUCAUAUCCCGGACCCGUGGCAUGCGUCCAAACUCUCAGAUUACUGCUGGGUUUUUGUGCCACAGGGUUUCCAGCGCUUUACGCAGCAGCGGCGUCGAGGGCGCGUUUUACGCACGAGAGAUAUUACUGCUAGUUUAGUGCAAUAUCCUCGCUUUUCAAACGGCGAGCCCCACCGACCACAUCUAGUCAGUUUGUGUUUGCAAUGACUGUCACGUACAAAGGCAGAAUCAGUUGAAAGAGCGACCGACAGCCUCGCCCAUAAAUGGCGCGGGCGGCAGCCUUUCUUCUCCACAGUGAUGUCCUUGUGAAGACGCCAUGUUGAAAAUGAGAACAACAGAGAAGCCAUUAAACAUCAGGCUAUUUCUGAGGUCGCUUUGGACAUGGGUCAGCAAUGAGAGGUGUCUAUAACAAUGAUUGUUUUUUUUUUUUUUUUUUUUGUCUUUAUCUGUAUAUUUUUUGACAAUUAUAAUAAAUCCCAAUAGGAAAAACAAUACUUGUAUUUUUAAAAAUGAAUUUUAAAGAUAAGUAUGAUUUUAUUAUUACCUGUUAAAACAAAGACAGAAUAUUCCUAAGGCAAUUUAUUUAUUUUUUAAUCAAAAAAGGUCGUCUGAACUAUUACCUUCUGAAAGAAAAAGGAAUAUUUCUAUCUUCUGAAUGAUGAUGAGCGAGUUGAUCUCUCUUGUCAUUCUGUCUUCAGGAAGAGAAAGAGAGGGAUUGUUUGCAUAUUGCAAUAUCUAAAAGUGCCUCAAGAUUUCCAGCAGCUCCACUCGUUGGAGACUGCGCAGAUAGGUGUGUUAAAUGGUGAAUUAUGUCGAAAAACGACGGCAGAAACAUGGUUAUUGUCGUUUUCUUCCUUUUAGGCGUUGCAACCCAACCCCCUCUUUAAAGCCAGUGUUAAAGGAUCCGAAGAUGGGAAUGAAAACCUCCCUGUUUCCUCAUCGUUUAGGCCUGAUAGAAUUAUUUCAACAAAAUGUUAAGGUAAAUAUCUCUGUUAGUGAUUUAAUAAUUAUGUAUGUUUAGAGUCAUAUUUAUUGUUCUGUACACUAUGACACUAAUAGUGUUAUGAAAUUAAAGUGUGCCCUUGGCGCAAGGUCAGAUAUAUAGUAUGUGUUCACUUACUAAAAAUACCAAUUGACAAAAGGCAUUUCCACUCCAUUGUAAAAUCAGGAAUACACUAUUCCCAAUAUAAACGUCAUGAAAGAAAAGUGAAUUCCACAUAUUUCUUUAAACAUCAUUUUACUUUUAAAAAUGUGUUUUGAUAAUAGUAAUGUAGUGUUUUUAAAAAAAAGAAGAAAAAAAAGUGAGGCGCAACCAGGAUGAGCAUUAAGACAACCACAAACCCCAUCAAUCAUACCUGUGAUUCAGCAUUUUUGUAAAAGGCCAAUCGUCCUUUUUCUCUAUGGCCUGCCUUGUUUGCUGAAAUGUGAGAAGCAAUCAAUUUAAAUAGAUAUUUAAAAAAAAAGAACAGCAUGCAACUGAAUGUUCUGAAGACAAAGCUUUACUCAAAACUAAUGACACUUAGGGAGCACUAAAAAGAAAUAAAGAAUUCAACCAGUUUACAUAAAAUGCCUGUUUAAUUAACAAUAAAACAUUUAUUCAGCAGCUAAAUAAGCAAAGACAAUAAAGAUAAACUUACUUAUUGAUUAAUGCUUGGCCCUAAACAAGGCAGGGGCUUAAAAGCAGUUGGUAAUUUUCAUGUUUUUUUUCUCCCUUUCUCUUUUUACAGUCUAGUUAGGAAUAAUAUAAUCAAAUGCAAAAUGUUUAUUCAGUAGCAUUUUACUAAAGAAUAAAAUGCUGUUAUAUGGGUGUGCCAUGACCUAGUUUGCUGGGACAAAGAUGGUUUCCAGGAAGAGAAAAAAAGUAAAAAAAAAAUAAAAAAAAUGUCAAAGGGAUAUCAUCCAACAUUUAAUCUUCCUUCUUCUCAGAUCCUGUAAACAGAAACACUGUAUGUAUUAAAUAGUCCAUAAAAGGCUGAUGAAAUCAAGAUUUAGAUCCCUUUAGGAACAAAGGAAACCCAUUUUGGCCAUUGAGUUCCAAUGUAGGAGAAAAUGGCUGCGCCUGCAUUCAGCCUUCUUUCUGCUCUCUGUAGGAAGAACUGAAGGCUGUGCUUCUAAUAGCUGAAUCUACUGUGGUGCUUCAAUCUGAUUGGCCAGUGAGUGAACUGCUGUUAACCAGCCAAUUGCCCAAGCACCGCAGAAUAUCAAACAAUGUUGGGAAUGGUGGAAUUGAGAAAUGUAUCACAACUAGUGUUAGUACAAAACAUAAGAUGUUUAAACACAAAAAUCACCACUUUUAUUUUUUUGUUUAUAUAAGGUGGACCCUCGUGGAAGUUCAUUUUACUGAUACAUUCUGAAUGCAAGCCUUAAAAAAUAUUCAGGAAGAAAUGUUUAAAUUAAAACAGAAACGCACAUCGUUUCUAAACCGAAUCAUUUGGGCUUUCAGCGCGUGUCCCAAUUCAGUUUUAACAACCUUCCCCAGCGUCGCUCCUCCAUGUCCAUCUUGUAUUUAACGUCCAUGUAAAUCAAUCGCGCAGAUUCAACGCGUUCGAAACGUUGGCUUUUCUGUUCGAAAUUCAAGAUAUGUUCACUUCCCGCUCGUUUAUCGCACAUAACUCGACUUGUGCGUGUUUCUGACGGACACACGAAAAAUCUGCUUUAGCGUAACAAUUAAAAACAAUAAAUCGAAAGUGCGUGUCGAAUGUGCCGGAAGGCUGAGAUAGUGGUGUAUUGUGGGAGAGACAGAAACCCCAGACUAGAGGCACACACAAUAUGUGUUGGCUCGCAAAAAAGAGGCAGUAUCUUUAAAAUCAUGUAAAGUGAUCGGCGAAAGGAUCAAUAUCUAGCCGUUUUAUAUACAACUACUCGAUCGGGCGCACAAUGUCCAGACCCGGAGAAAGAAACAAGCUAAAUGAAGAUCACGGUAAAAGACAGAGUUCAAGUUUGGCGAACGGAAUGGAGAACAGCCAUCCUAUCUGCAGUUCGGGAGAGAAACGAAGUCAUUGGAGAAGUUACAAGUUGAUUAUUGACCCAGCGUUGAAAAAGGGAUCGCACAAACUGUAUCGCUACGAUGGACAGAGCUUCAGUGUGCCGAACCCCGGAAUGCCACCCGUGGACAUCGUCCGAGACCCGAGAAUCGGUCGUCUGUGGACUAAGUACAAGGAGACGGAUCUCCCGGUUCCUAAAUUUAAGAUCGAUGACUGUUACAUCGGUCGCGUGCCCCCGAAGGAGGUCACGUUCGCCAAGCUUAACGACAACGUCAGAGAGGGAUUCCUCACCGACAUGUGCAAGAAGUUCGGCGAAAUCGAGCAGGUGGAAAUCCUGUACAAUCCGAAGAACAAAAAACAUCUCGGGAUUGCUAAAGUUGUUUUCGGAACCGUCAAGGCGGCGAAGGAUGCUGUCCAGAACUUGCACAACACGUCUGUCAUGGGCAACAUCAUCCACGUGGAGCUGGACCCUAAAGGUGAAAAUCGCCUAAGGUACUUCCAGCGUCUGAUCAAUGGAAGUUAUACUCCGCUCACUCUUCCAGUUGGUGGUGAAGAGGCCUGUGAAGUUUCUCCACGUAGCUUGGCUGAAGCCCUGCUGCCCUUGCGAAGACUGUCCGAAGGCAGUUCUUCUGCAGUCGGAGGCACGGGCACACCGGGCGGCACCAACACGCCCAUGUCCCUGGAUACGGCCUACUCCAGCCUAAGGCAGGAUACGCCCCAGUCCCAGGGUACCCCGCACACCCCGCGGCCAUCAGGCACCCCGUUCUCUCAGGACUCCACGUACUCCAGCAGGCAAGGCACUCCGGCGUUCCAGUCAAACCGUGCUGAAUCCUCAGGAGGCUACAAGUCGAGACGGCAUGAAACCAAAUUCCAGGAUGCCUACAACCGAAGACCGGAGAGGCAUUAUGUCCACGGUACAGGAGGAGGGGCACAUCGUGGUAACGCAGAGCAACCGCCCAGUUUUAAGCAACAUCAGCCCCCCGAGCCGCCGUCACCUGCUUUUGCGCACACGCCGCCGCCACCAGCCAGUGCAAAUUUCAAGAAUGCUUUCUCUCCUUAUCAACCCCCAAUUCCCCCAGUGUACCCUCACACAGAGCCCUCCUUCCACCAGCCUGUACAACGGGAAGUGGAUUAUAGGAGACCGGCUCAAGCCCCGCCUCCCCCGAGUACGGACUUCAUGCCCGUCAGAGACAGGCCUGCAACGCCGCCAAUCCCCGAGCCGCCACCCCCUGCCCCAGAAACCCAACCAGCCACACCUCCCCCCUCCACACCUGAGCUCUGCCCGUCGCUGGGCACCCCGACCCAGGACCCCGAGCGCAACAGCUUGGACUCGCGCAUAGAAAGGCUUCUGAAACCCUUCCUGAAUGAACGCGGAGACUCGGACGCUGAGGUGCGCAUGGACGGGAGUCCGAUUUCUUCAUCGUCCUCUCAGCUGUCCCCCAUUCCGCCCCAGCAGCCCUCGCGCCCUUCAAGCACCGGCCUGGAGGACAUCAGCCCAACGCCACUUCCCGAUUCGGAUGAUGACGAACCUAUUCUUGGUACUGCUUCCCUGUUGGCAAACUCUAGGGCCAUGUCGCCCUCCAUGCACAGUAAAAUCGGGGCAGGAGAACCACGGACGCCCAUUGACAAAAUGGACACGGGCCAUCAGUCAUCAGGUGAAGACAUGGAGAUUUCCGAUGAUGAGAUGCCUGGCACACCUAAUGCUAGUGGGGAUUGUGAAAGCAUUGUGGUCAACUCUGCGAUGUCUCCAAUGCAGACCAUUCCCAUGCCCCCGCCAGGGUUCCCCCCACUGCCUCCUCCACAGGCUGGCUUCCCCCUUCCGCUACCUCCUCUUCCAACCGUACCGCACCUGGCUGGCCCACCUGGCGUGGCCCCCCAUCCGAUGCUACACCCCUUGCACCCUUAUCCCCCUGGCAUGAUGCCCAUUAUGCAGAUGGACCUGAUGAGCUCCUUAACACAGUGGGGAAGCGUUCACAUGUCCUUCCAGAUGCAGACUCAGAUGUUAAGUCGCAUGGCACAGAGCCAGCGGCCGUACCCUUACCCUCACUUCAUCAGCGGGGCUGCUGCAAGUGCCAGCGCUGCUGCUGCCAUGCAGUUUGGUGGCCCGUAUCCACCUUUGUCUAUGGUUGGUGCGCCUGCAAGCACUGUGGGUCAGGGGCAGCCCUGGCACCUUCCCAACAUGCCCAAGUUCAACCCUGCUGUUCCCCCUCCAGGCUAUGAGCCCCAAAAGGAAGACCCACACAAAGCCACUGUGGAUGCAGUGCUUACGCUUAUUGUCAAGGAGCUGAAGUCCAUUAUGAAAAGAGAUCUCAACCGCAAGAUGGUGGAGGUGGUGGCCUUCAGGGCAUUUGAUGAGUGGUGGGACAAACAGGAGCGUUCGGCUAAGGCUACGCUUACACCUGUGAAGACAGGUGAGAGCAAAGAUGAUGAAAAAGAACGGGCCAAACCCAAAGAGACUAUAUCCUCUAGCUUACUGGAAAACUGGAACAAGGUGGAGGGUCUGGGAUUCGAGGGAAUGGGUCUCAGCAUAGGCCUGCGCGGUGUCAUCCGGUUACCAUCCUUCAAGGUUAAGAGGAAACAGCCCCCUGAGCCAACAUCUACCAAUGACAAUAAGAGGGUGCGACCAUCCACACCUGUCGAUGAUGAGCUGGAAGAUGAAGAAUCAGAAAGAACAGAUCUUCGCACAGAUGGAUCCAGAAUGGAUGUUGGUGGUUCUUCUGCAAAGCGAAGGCCAGCCAGACCUCUAGAGCUGGACAGCGAAGGCGAGGAGGAGGAGGAAACCUCUGGCAAAGAGGAGUUAUCACCUUCAGAUCAUGAAGAGGAGCCAGUGGAAGAUGCCUCUGAGAGGUUGUCCUCUGGCACGGUUAUGGAGGACGAGGAAGAUGAUGAAAAGAAGAAUGAAUCAGACUCCAGCGAGAGUGAAUCAUCUGACUCAUCAGACGAUGAAUCUUCUAGUUUAUCAUCCUCCUCCAAAUCUGAUUCUGGUUCCUCUGGGAGUGAGAGCUCGUCCGACUACGAAUCGAGUUCAGGGGAGGAAGAGGAGGAAGAAGAAGAACAGGUAGAGGGAAUGGAGGAUGAAGAUGAAGCCGAUGCACAAGCCUCAUCGUCGUCCUCAUCUUCCACAUCCUCAUUUUCUGAAGAGGAGGAUGUUGACGUAAAAGCUCCCAGUACCCCCACAGGACCACCACCAGAAGAGGAACCAAAUGAGUUGGGCAGGCUGGAAGCGUUAGAUGAGGCAGAGAUCGAUCACAAACAUACUGCGGUGAGCUCAAUCAAGCCUGGAGUUGAAGGUGUGUGGCCCCUAUCACCCAAAGGAUUGCCAGCUGAUAAACCCGACGUAGAUUUGGCCGUCAGUAUUCCAGUGUCCAAAGCUGAAGCCACCCUGGAGGAUGUCGGUAGCUUGCGGCCACCAACUCCAACAGGUUCGUUUGCAGACAGUGAUCAGGACACCAAACCAAAGAUCCCUGCAGAAGACUUUCCCCGUACCCCUGGGCGGGUUGGCCCAGUUUCCCUAGAAUCAGAAGCCGCAAUCCCUCGUUCUCUUCCUACACCCUCAAUGCACCUUCCAUUUCCCCCCAAUCAUGCCCUUGAAGCUCGAUCCUUUCUGCCGCCACCUGAAGCUUUGCCAGAUAUGCCUGUCCGUGGGCGGUUGCCUACGGAAGAGGACAUCCCACGCACACCAGGGAGAGAUCUUAUGGACAGACCCCGGGGUUUGGGCAAGUCUCAGAGCACUGAUGCAGUUCCUGUCACACCAGGUAGCGACACGCCACUAACAGGUAACAGCUUGAGCUCGCCGCAUAUUCUCGGCAGCCCUUUCUCUUAUCCCGCUCAAUCCCCUGUCCUCAGCGCUGGUAUCCCUCGGACUCCAGGUAGAGACCUUACUUUCGCCCCAGCUUUCCCUGACUCUGCUGCUUUAUCUGCAGGCCUUCCCAUUCACAGGAAGGCCUCAUCGGAGAGCUUGGAGGAGAAGUCUCUCUUUAAAGAGCCUCUACUCAGCGCCUCUCCUCAGGCCAGCCUACCUAACAGUGCAGUUUCUUCCCCAUUGCCUGGUCCUUCCCUUCCUGCAGCUUCACUUCAGGAGCCACCUCUGCCUCCCCAAGGCUCCUCUCCCACUUAUGUAGAGACUUCCUCUUCUGCUGCUCCAAAAGACCUACCUGUUCCUGUGCCCUUAGAUGCUACACCAAGCAAGAAGAAAGCGGGACGCCCCAAGUCUAAAAAGGUACCUGUGGCCACGUCUUCAGAUUCUGAAGAGCCUCCAGCUCCAGUGGUGGCCUCUUUACCUCCAGAUCUACCAGUAAACAACCUGUACCCAGAACACCCUUCAGAGACCUUCAAAAGAGAAGAUGGUGACUCCAGAGCCUUGGAGGAAGAGGAUAACCAAACCCAGACAGUCAUACCUGAGGUGGAAGACAGGUUGCUUUACGUCGAGGAACCUAUUCAGAAGACACGCCGACAGAGACGGGGCUGGCAAGAGUUGUUGUUGUCCAUGCACUCACCUGUGACAUCACCGCGCCACCCCAGCUUCCUACCCCGCUCAGAAUUUGAGGAGAUGACCAUCUUGUAUGACAUCUGGAAUGACGGCAUUGAUGAGGAGGACAUCUGCUACCUUAAGAUAACUUAUGACAAGAUGCUGCAGCAGGACAAUGGCAACGACUGGCUCAAUGACACCCUCUGGGUCCACCAUCCUCCUACCAACAUGGUUAGCACAUCAGGGCUGAAGAAGAAGCGGAAAGAGGAUGGUAUUCGCGACCAUGUCACCGGCUGUGCCCGCAGCGAGGGCUACUACAAAAUCGACAAGAAAGACAAAAUGAAGUACUUGAACAGCUCACGCCUGCAGUCUGAAGAGCCUGAUGUGGACACACAGGGGAAGAGUAUUCCAGCACAGCCACAAGCAUCCACCAGGGCAGGUUCAGAGCGGCGGUCUGAACAGCGCCGCCUGCUGUCAUCCUUCAGCUGCGACAGUGACCUCCUCAAGUUCAACCAGCUCAAGUUCCGUAAAAAGAAAAUCCGGUUCUGUAAAAGUCACAUUCAUGACUGGGGAUUGUUUGCAAUGGAACCUAUUGCUGCCGAUGAGAUGGUUAUCGAAUAUGUUGGCCAGAAUAUCCGACAGGUUAUCGCAGACAUGCGAGAGAAGCGCUAUGAGGAGAAGGGCAUCGGCAGUAGCUACAUGUUCCGUGUGGAUCACGAUACCAUUAUAGAUGCAACCAAAUGUGGCAACUUUGCUCGCUUCAUCAAUCACAGUUGCAAUCCAAACUGUUAUGCCAAGGUCAUCACUGUGGAGUCUCAGAAAAAGAUCGUCAUCUACUCCCGGCAGCCAAUAAAUGUUAAUGAGGAGAUCACCUACGACUACAAGUUCCCCAUCGAGGAUGAAAAGAUACCGUGCCUCUGUGGUGCAGAAAACUGCAGGGGAACCUUAAACUAACCCCAAUGUAUAGGUGAGAACUUUCUGAAAAACAUGCACUGCCCAACAACAAGCCCAGACGCCCCAUCUUCUGGAGCUACAGAGGAAAUAGUGGGUAAAAUCCAACACAUCCACUGGAUACAUCGUGCAGCUAAGUGUCUGGGACUUCUUUUUUUUACUUGUUCACGAUUGUUUACGAAUUACAGGUGCUCUUUCAAGCAUAAAAAUAUGAGUUUUCUACCACUCUUCCAGUGACCUAUUUGGAUAUGGACUUAUUUCCCCCCCAAAUGUUUGGGCACUGACUUUGUUGUCUGCCCAUUUGGCACAGUUUGUCUUUGCCAUGGAGCUCCUGCUCCUCGUCAUUCCCCUUCUGUUCUGCAGUUGGGUUAGGGAGAGACCUCCCCGUCCCUGAACUUGGACCCCAAACACUUUAAGCUGCUCACGUCUGUCCCACAGGCACAAAAUUCAGUUUUAUAAAAGCUCCUAUCACAUUUUUUGUCCUUUUUCUCCCAGCCCAACUUGCAUGAAGUUUAGUUUAAUGUUGGACUUCACUGUAACGUGCCCACAAGGUUUAGCAUUCAUUGUGACACUAACCAUUGUUGGGGGAAUUGGGUCAAUUGUCUUCAGUUUGCAGAACAUUCAACAAAAGCACACCUGCGCAGGCCACAAAACAAAUCAGUAGAAAAGGUCCACAGCUCAGGCAAAUUUACACAAAGUGAAACGAUCCUACGAUAUUUCAGCCAGUGCUGCACCUAUGUGACACCUACUGACUGGACCUUUUAUAAAGGAUAAAAGCAAAUCAAACAAUACACUACACUUUAUUCUUUCAUUUAUUCAAGCCAUUUUUCAAUCAUGUCUGUGAUCUUUGGAUUUGAGCAUGUCUGCUGCCCUCUAGCUUUUGUAAGGUGCAAAGACAGAAAGCUGCUCGUCUUCAAUCAGAUUCCACUUUAAAGCUGUACAGCUUAGUAUUAACUCUGUGUUUGUCAUGUCAGCUCACUAUUUUAGCAGAUAAACAUGCAGAGGUCCAAUUGGGUUCAUGCAGAUUCAGUCACUAGUGCUGAAUUUUCUAUUAUGGAGCGAAUCUCACCAUGAUGCUGCUAUUCUGCAAACGUAUGUUCCUAAUUUUCUCCACCAGUUCACUUUAAGAUGGCGAAAUCCACCUGCACUGGUUUCAGCAUGGGUUUUCAUAGUAUUUGGAGUUCUCUGUGAGUGAGGUAAUUGGUGCACAGCACUGAUGCUUUUCAAAAAGGUUGCCCAGGCACCAAUUUAACUAAUAUAUCUGGUCUAAGCAAAUGCACCAAUGUUUAGGAUAUCAGACCCUGGAGUAUUAGGUCCGUCGACCUGAAACCGUCAGCAGUGGACCCAAAAAAAUCAAGUACAAAGUUGAAUAGAGUGCCAAACAUGUACUUUAAUGUGUCACGGAUCUAAAGGCAAGACUUCUUCCAUUUGUCUCCUCAUGUGUGAGUGUUUGUACGAAUGACCUAAGUUCACUGGUACUUGGGUCGACCCAUCUGAGGUAUUCUGCAUUUUUCUCAGUAUUUAACCAUCAAAAAGUUUGAAAAGCUAUUACAGCCUCAUUCAGCCAAAUGUCCCCUUUGAAAGCAGAAGACGUUCUGAUCUGCAAGGCAACGUGGUCACUGUGCUUUUCUUUGUGAUUUGGUUAUGUUUAUAAAUGCACUAGAGGCUUCUAUCCUCCCAUCAGGCCAUAUGGCACUCACAAGAACAAGCUAUGAAACGUGUCCUUUACAUUAGUUCACUCACAGGGUAAGGUCUCCCCUCUUUUUGUUAUUUUUCUUUUUAAAUAUGUUUAUAUUGUACAGGAUAAUAAUGGUUUGUAUAAAGGAAUUAGGCUUUUUUAUCACGAUGGGGAGUGAUGAUGCAUCGUUCUGCUUUUAUGAGCGACAAAUGGAGUAUUUAAAAUGAAUAUUUUUCAGGGAUCAUUAUAUGGAAAAAGGGGUUGAAUAGCUAAUUUAAAGAAAAUGAUGCAUCUUGUACAUAAAACAGAUUUGUACUUCCUUUUGAAAGAUUGUUUCUUGUAGAAACGUCUUUUUUCUGCCCAUUUUCCUUUGGAUUCUUGUGUGUAAAUACAUUAACUGUGAAUAUAUAAAUAAUAAAUAUAUAUAUAUAUUUUUGUUCCUGAGGAUUUGCUACAGCUUCACAGCUCAGAAAGGUCUAUCUGACAGAGUACAGAGAGCUGGUGGCAGUAUUUUCAGCUUGUGUCAAGCUUUAGUUUUUAUUUUUGGUUGUAAAUUCUAUGAAAAUCUGUUUGCAGUGUGGGGGAAAAGCAUUAUUCAGAAAUGGCAAGGGAGACUGGUAAAAUUGACCUUUAUCCCCUGUCUAUUUAUUAUACCACAAAUGUAUGGAAAAAGAUCAUGGAAAAAUAAAGGAUUUUUUUUCAA